ACCAAGACAGGGGUCUUGAAAAGGCAGGCCGAGUCACUCGCAGUUUCUGGGAGUAAAGGAGUACAGAGGAAGCAACUGUAGAGCAGCCAUCUCCAGGCGAAAUACGAAACAUAUUAUCAUCACCGUGGUCAGUGUACAACGUGAUUCGAUCAGCCCCUUCGAUAUUCACAACUGGCUAUUUCUUGUAAACACAGGCGGCGAGCAAAUAAACUACAAGCAAGACGUUAAGGUUGUUGAGGGAAAGAAGUUAUAUUGAGGAUCAUAAUAAUUCCACAAGAAAGUUACCACUUUUAGACCCUCCACUGCUGUAUCUGGAGGUAAAGUGGCGAUACGAUGUGGUCUGUGACUUUCGUUUCUCGAAACUUCGGAAGGCCAACAGUGAGGACCCAACAGUAUGUCCUGCUCCUCCUACUCCUGGUCAACGAAUGUACUGGUCAUCUUGUGAUGACUUACCCUCCGGCAAGGAAGUACCCACUGGACUUUCUGGACAACGUUCGGACCCAACAGCCAUGCGGUAUGCCUGAAGGUGACAGCUUUCCUCGCACCAGCCUAAAGGCUGGCUCCACCGUACAACUUGCCUGGCAUGUGGCCUAUCCUCACAGGGGUGGUCUUCACAUUGAGGUGAGGGAUCAAGGCGGGGCUGUUUUGAAGCGAUACCCGGCUACGGGCCGAAUGUUCGCUGAUGAUGCUGCUGUCCCAGACGCUGAUCAGUGUUCUGGUCAUGGGACCUACAAUGGCGUGACCUGUGAUUGUGAUGCUUUCCACGAGGGGGCGCACUGCCAGUUUGAGAAUGACUGUUACGACAACAGAGACUGCAACACUGGUACCUGUGUAGACUCAAAUUCGACCACAUAUCCCCGUCUACAGUGUUACUGCCCGCCUGGCUUUUUCGGACGUCGAUGUGAGAAAGAGUCACCCGUGAACAGCAAGGAUUAUAUCAACUUGGACAACUACAAAAGAAGAGAAAUGUCUACAAAAUAUACUGUCUACCAUAGAAUUUUGGCUGAUACCCAAGAGCUGGAAGUGGUGAUGAAAGUGCAGUCUGCCACUUGGGUAGGCCUUGGCUGGAGAUCUGCAGAUGCAACUGCCAGUUGCCGAAACUUUCCUGUCCAGAGCAAUGAGAAAGUGAAUAAUGUUGAAGAUCUACCUUACUGUGAUGAAAAUGGAGGAACACCGGAAACAGGUUCAGAAGGAACACCGGAAACAGGUUCAGAAGGAUCACCGGAAACGGGUUCAGAAGGAGCACCGGAAACAGGUUCAGAAGGAGCACCGGAAACAGGUUCAGAAGGAGCACCGGAAACAGGUUCAGAAGGAGCACCGGAAACAGGUUCAGAAGGAGCACCGGAAACAGGUUCAGAAGGAUCACCGGAAACAGGUUCAGAAGGAACACCGGAAGCGAACCGUAGGUGUCGCCCUCGUCCGAAAGCUGAAGGCGGUCACCCUGAGGGCGGUAAUGCAGAAGGCAGUCACCCUGAGGGCGGCAAUGCAGAAGGCAGUCACCCUGAAGGUGGUAAUGCCGAAGGCGGUAAUGCUGAAGGUGGUAACGCAGAAGGAGAGCCAGAGCCAGAACCUAAUCCCUGUGAUGGUCAUUGUGGCCUCAAAGAACGAUGUGUCUUUGACGUCCAAUGGGAAUACAUUCCACAGACACAGUCUCUAAACUUCACAGUGACUGCAGAGUUGACCUCUUCAGAGUACUUCGGUUUGGGAUGGUCUGGCACUCCUGACAUGAAAAACAGCGACAUUGUGGUGGGCUGGCUCAACAAUGGAGUGCCAGUUGUGCAAGAUAGGUGGACCGGUGAUGGGAAGAUUGAACCAACCCUAGACAACGCACAGGACAUAUCGGCGAUCUCUGGCGGAACAAUAGGUUCCAAAACAGUCAUCUCUUUUACCCGGCUGUUGUCCACUGGAAUCCAAAACAACUCCGAAGACCAGAAGUUCGCUGACGAAUGCCUUUACCUUAUCACAGCCAUAGGCUCGCGGAACAACGCUAACAAUCUUGCCUAUCACCUCGACAGAAAGAACGUGACAGAAAAAUAUUGCUGGCUCAACUGUCCCGCUAGCUCUCCACCGACAACUCCUGAAGCAGAAACAGGUAAAACUACCAACCCAGAGAGCAACGGGGAGUCCCAUCCAGAGACCGAGCCGAAGCCCAAGGUCUGCGAUGGAAAGUGUGACAAGUGUCUUUUCAACGUGAGCUGGACAUAUGACGGGAAGAGCAAGAAUGUGACCUUCACCGUAGAGGCAGAACUUUCCAGUACCGAGUACUUUGGCCUCGGAUUCUCCACAGACCAGACAAUGCCAAACUCUGAUAUUGUUGUUGGUUGGCUGGAAAAUGAUCUGCCUUAUGUGUCUGAUCGGUGGGCAUCAGGUAAGAGUGCUCCUGUCGAAGACAACAUAAACAACUUAAUGCCAAUCUCCGGAACUAAGAAAGAUGGGAAAACCAUCAUCAGCUUCUCCCGGCAGCUCAACACCAGCGACCCAUCUGACCUUGACCUUGGUGGCAAGUGCGUCUACCUGCUGUUGGCUAAGGGCUCGAAGUCCAACACAGGCGCCAUCAUUUCUUACCACAGUCAGAGAAGCGCCAGCACAGACAAGUACUGUUUUGUCGACUGUGAGUCAACACCUGAACCAGAAGGAGAACACGAACCAGGGAGCGAGGGAGAGCCAGGAGGCGAGCAUGAGCCAGGGAGCGAGGGAGAGCCAGGAGGCGAGCAUGAGCCAGGGAGCGAGGGAGAGCCAGGGGGCGAGCAUGAGCCAGGGAGCGAGGGAGAGCCAGGAGGCGAGCAUGAGCCAGGGAGCGAGGGAGAGCCAGGAGGCGAGCAUGAGCCAGGGAGCGAGCAUGAGCCAGGGAGCGAGGGAGAGCCACAAGGAGAGAGUACAGGCAAUGGUAAGUGAGGUUAAUUUUAGUUU